AAAAAAAAUUUCUAGAGUUUUUCUUCAAGAGAAUUCGCAUCAAUGAUACAGGAAGAUAUGAAAAGGAAUUUCCAUACAUUUCUCCCUGUGGACGGGAACGUAAUUACAUUCGUUGUGAUGAUACACCUAUCGUGUAUACACAUAUUAUUGAAAAAUCAAAUGACGAUGGGCAGUAUUUUUUAUCGUAUGGACACGCUGCCGAUUUGUUAAUAAGGCUAUUCGAACCAAACAAACUCUGCAUGUUUCCAGAGAGUGGAAGAGUCUACCAUCCUGCUGACGAAAGGGUCGGUGGAGUAGGACUCGUAAAAUCUUCUCUUGCCAUAGAAUUGAGCAAAUACUUUAGUUUUGAAGCUGGUUCGGAUCAGAUGCCAACACAUUUCACUUGGAAAGAGGAAAAGCAUAGGCUGACCCAAGAA